AUGGUCACACUGGGUUUCAUUAGAAGCAUGAUGAACAAUUGGUUUCGUGGUAAUGACCGCAGCGAAGAAGCACAGCUAGCGGCGAGCCCACGGCUUCUGAAAAGAUGGCCAAUAAUCACAGCUAUAUUGUUGGCAUUCUGUGGUUUGUUCGUGAUCGCUGCGGUGAUUGUCUUGUCGAUAAUCCCCAUAUACCUUUCUACAAAGGACACUAGCUCUCCAGCGGAGAGCAACAAUAAUGACAAAAUGAUCGCGAUUGCAUUUGCUACCGACUAUACUGGUAACACGUCAUCUGGGAUAACAAACUACGCAGCAGUCGCGCAACAGAUAAACGAAUAUUUGGGCUACAGUAGGAACACCCUUAGUGUGCGAUUAAUUACCUUCAGCGGUGUUGGUGAAAGAAAGAAGCGGGACACGGGUUCUGGCAUCUCUUGUAAUGUUAACAAUGGAAUAAACUACAGUACGGCAAAUGGCUCUGCUAUGGGCAUGUCCAUUAUUGUCAACAACUGCCCAAGAACACGAUGUGUCACAAAUCAAUGCAUUCAGAACUGCUUGGCCGAAAUCAAAUCCAGCCUAUUAUCAGUGUUUGGCUCAACCCACCUGUCAUUAACUUUUCAAACUACCGACGGACAAACUAUCAAAACUUCUUGUAGAUUUUGUCAGUUUGGCAGCAUCAGUUCAGGUUCGACGUGCAUUGACGGUGUUAAAAAUGGGUUUGAAACAGAUGUAGAUUGCGGUGGCGCAGCUUGUGUAUCACAAAGCAAGACAUGUGGCACUGGUUUGGUUUGUGGUAGCAGUAGAGAUUGUACAAGUAGAGUGUGUACUAACGGAACUUGUCAAGCACCGACAUGCACUGACGGUGUUAAGAAUGGACUGGAGACAGGUGCCGAUUGUGGUGGCGCUGCUUGUGUAUCACAAGGCAAGACAUGUGGCACUGGCUUAGGCUGUGGUAGUAGUACCGAUUGUACGAGUGGAGUGUGUACCAGUGGAACGUGUCAAGCACCAACUUGCACUGACGGUGUUAAGAAUGGGCUGGAGACAGGUGCCGAUUGUGGUGGCGCUGCUUGUGUAUCACAAAGCAAGACAUGUGGCACUGGCUUCGGCUGUGGUAGUAGUACCGAUUGUACGAGUGGAGUGUGUACUAGUGGCACUUGUCAAGCACCGACAUGCACUGACGGUGUUAAGAAUGGGCUGGAGACAGGUGCCGAUUGUGGUGGCGCUGAUUGUUUAUCACAAGGCAAGACAUGUGGCACUGGCUUAGGCUGUGGUAGUAGUACCGAUUGUACGAGUGGAGUGUGUACCAGUGGAACCUGUCAAGCACCGACAUGCACUGACGGUGUUAAGAAUGGGCUGGAGACAAGCGUCGAUUGUGGCGGUGUUACUUGUGUAUCACAAAGCAAGACAUGUGGCACUGGCUUAGGCUGUGGUAGUAGUACCGAUUGUACAAGUGGAGUGUGUACUAGUGGAACUUGUCAAGCACCGACAUGCACUGACGGUGUUAAGAAUGGACUGGAGACAAGUGCCGAUUGUGGUGGCGCUGCUUGUGUAUCACAAAGCAAGACAUGUGGCACUGGCUUAGGUUGUGGUAGUAGUACCGAUUGUACAAGUGGAGUGUGUACUAGUGGAACUUGUCAAGCACCGACAUGCACUGACGGUGUUAAGAAUGGGCUGGAGACAAGCGUCGAUUGUGGCGGUGUUACUUGUGUAUCACAAAGCAAGACAUGUGGCACUGGCUUAGGCUGUGGUAGUAGUACCGAUUGUACAAGUGGAGUGUGUACUAGUGGAACUUGUCAAGCACCGACAUGCACCGACGGUGUUAAGAAUGGACUGGAGACAAGUGUCGAUUGUGGUGGCGCUGAUUGUGUAUCACAAAGCAAGACAUGUGACACUGGCUUAGGCUGUGGUAGUAGUACCGAUUGUACAAGUGGAAUGUGUGAUAGUGGAACUUAUCAAAUUUCACUUGCCGCUGUGAAUGGAAUAAUUCAAGCUGUUUACAAUACAUUUGUGGGCGGUGAUAGUACAGCAUCAACACCCGGCACCGGUAUUGGUCANCCGUUACAUCAAAUUUCACUUGCCGCUGUGAAUGGAAUAAUUCAAGCUGUUUACAAUACAUUUGUGGGCGGUGAUAGUACAGCAUCAACACCCGGCACCGGUAUUGGUCAGUACCCACCGUCUCAAUCACCAGAGGCGGCGUGGGAUAAUGAUAGAUCAACUGUGUAUAUAAAUUUUGGAUCAUGUACAUCGUCUGAUAAUAAUAAUCAGUGUGGUUUGAACACUGGCUUCUAUCUUGAAUUACAACGUGGUUCAACUGUAGUGACGGCGUUUCAAUUGUACACAGGCAGUGAUCAUUCUGAACGUGAUCCGCUAAUCGUGUCGUUAGAAGGAAGUAAUCAAUCAGGAUCAAAUCUGGCACUUGGUAGCAGUUGGACUCUUAUUUAUAAUGGCAAUAGUGGAUUAGCAACCUAUCCGGGUCCUAAUAGCGGCGGCUCGAUACAGCAAACAGACAACACGAUUUCGUAUAAGAGUUAUCGAUUUCUUGUGUCUGGAAAACGAUCAACGUCAAACAGUGUUCUGUAUUCUGAACUGAUAUUUUAUGGAUACUAA